UCCAUUGCAGAGCAAGCUCAGCAGGUUUCAUAAUGUCUACUGUAAGAAGGAGAGUGUUUCUUUUGGGUAUCAACCAGUUGAGGUUAGUAAGAGAUGUCUUGAAGGAAAGUAACUUCAUUGAUGCUAAAUGGUUUGAUCUUGGAGUGGAAUUAGACCUACCUUAUCCUCAAUUGAAGAAUAUUGAAGAUACUUAUGUGAAUAAUCCAUCACGUUGCUUGAGGGAGUGCUUGAGCUUGUGGUUGACUUCAGCUAAUAAUUGUACUUGGGAAUCAUUAGCUAGUGCACUUGAGAGAAUGAAUCAAAAACCAGCUGCUACAUAUGGGGUGCCAUUUGAGUCAAAAUUGAAGUUAUAACUAGCAGAUUCAAA